CGCUCCGCCCAGGCUCCCCGCGCGGUUCUUCCGGGUCGGGCGCUCCGGUGCCGCCUCCCCGGCGGUUCCCGGGCCCCGGCGCGGCCAUGCCGGCGGGCGAGCGCAGCGCGGCGCGGCGGGAGGACACGGCCCGGCGGCUGGCGCGGUUCGCGGCGCUCAGAGGGAAGGCCGCCCGGCCCGGCGAGUUCUGGGACGUGGUGGCGGUGACGGCGGCGGACGAGGAGCAGGCGCGGGCCUACCGGCAGCAGCUGGCGGAGAAGCUGCGGCGGGGGGAGCUCCCGCGGGGCGCCCGCUACCACGUGUUCGCCGACCCGCCCGGAGCUAAGAUCGGAAAUGGUGGAUCAACACUGCAUGUUCUUCAAUGCCUGGAAGAUCUGUAUGGUGAUAAAUGGACAUCUUUUGUUGUGCUGCUCAUCCAUUCUGGCGGUUACAGUCAACGUUUGCCAAAUGCAAGUGCCCUGGGAAAGAUUUUCACGGCUUUGCCUUUUGGGGAUCCCGUGUACCAGAUGCUGGAGCUGAAGCUCGCCAUGUACAUCGAUUUCCCUGCUCACAUGAAGCCAGGAGUUCUCGUUACAUGUUCAGAUGACAUAGAACUUUAUAGCACUGGAGCUGCAGAAACGGUCACGUUUGAUAGACCUGGGUUUACCGCGCUAGCUCACCCUUCAGAUCUGACUGUUGGGACAACUCACGGGGUGUUUGUUCUGGAUCUGCGUGGUUUCACGGGGAAAGGAGGACUGGAAUAUGCGUCUUGCCGCCAGUUCCUGCACAAGCCCGACGUGGGGACGAUGCGGGAGCGUGGUGCAGUGUGUACAAGAGGGAACUCGGAGUGUGUGUACACAGACAGCAUCUUCUACAUGGACCACAGCAUUGCAAAGCAGUUACUGAUGUUUUAUAAACAGAUGGGCACUGUUUGCUGUGAAAUAGAUGCAUACGGUGAUUUCCUCCAGGCCCUGGGACCUGGGGCCACUCCAGAUUACACAAAAAGCACAGGUAACGUGGCAGGCGAGGGAUCGCAGCUGGCAGAGGUGCGGCAGAAGCUGUACUCCCUCCUGAAAGGAGCCGCACUUAACGUUAUAGUCUUGAACAACUCCAAGUUCUAUCACAUCGGAACUACUCAAGAGUAUUUGUUUCAUUUUACAUCCGAUAGCAAGCUGAGAUUUGAGCUCGACUUGCUGCCUGUGGCUUUUAGCAUCUCUUGCGGGGAGCCCGGGACAUUGGGUCAGUCAGUGAGUGUCAUCCAGAGCGUGGCCCAGCCCGGGUGCUGCCUGGGACCCGGCUCCAUCGUUGAGUACUCCAGGAUCGGGCCCGAGGUCUCAGUGGGGAGCGGCUGCAUUAUCAGUGGGUCGCAGAUCGAUUGGAAGGCAGACGUCCCCUCACACUGCUUUCUGACCUCGUUGAGUGUGAAAAUCAGCAGCCAAGUGCAGUACGUCAGCAUGGUGUUCGGCGUGGAAGACGACUUGAAGAGGACCGUGGACCUGCUGUCAGAUGUGCACUUGCUGCGGUUCUGUGGGGCCAGCUUAGCGCAGUGCCUGCACCUCUGGGGACUGCAGGUUUCGGAACAGCUCUUCUCCAGCGGGAGCUCCCGGCUGGGGCUCUGGACCGCCAGGAUUUUUCCUGUGUGUUCCACCUUAAGUGAAUCCGCCAGGAUGUCAUUAAAAAUGUUGAAUUCUGUGCAGCAAAUGUCAGCUUUUGCGUUGAAUGGCUUCACACUCUUGUCUGUUGAAGAAAUGCUCGCCUACAAAGAUGUGGGAGACAUGUUGGAGUUUAGGAAGCAAAUUUAUGAUGAAAUUUGUCUACAAAGAUCAAAGGAGAAGUCUGAUGUGUAGAAGGAACAGUACUUGAACAAAUUUCCCAUUUUGUUUGUGGAUGGUUGGUUACAUCCCAGCUUGUAGAAAUCACAAGAGAAAAGUACACAGAUCUGUUCUCUGAUUCCAUUGAAGUAGAAAUAAAGAAAUUGCAUUAACAAUGUUGUUGUAGCAUAACAUUAAUAAUGCAGCAAAUGCAGAUAAACUCUUUUUUUAAUAAUUAAUGAAAUAUUUCAGGUCUCUGAAAACACUAAUUGGUGACGUUUCUUGGGGUAUGGAUUAUUAUGUUUCGUAUUCUUUAUCAGUAAGAAUAUGAUACAGAACAAAUUAAUUAGAAAUGUGACUGAAAACUGCUUUGAAAGUUUUUCAAAGUAGAACACUAGCUCUAGCAACGUGGAAUGAUACAGCAAUAACUUAUGUUUCUCUCUUUUCAUGCUGCCUUUUAAAAUGUUUUAAAUAGGUAGAGAUAAAUGUAUUAAAAGUACUUUUAAAAUCAA